CGCAAAGGAAAGAUCCUGCUAUGUAUGUUCUUUCUUUCAUCUUCAACUGAUCUUUUAAGCUCUACAUCAGUUUAGCUUGAAUGAUGAAGCAGAACUUCAUCCAUCCGGAUGACUAAGGUUAGAUGCAGGUUAGAUCUGAAGUCCAUGUGUUAUCUUUAAUGACACUUGAAGAGAGAACAUUUGAAGGCAAUCCACUGAUUCUCUAAGGCUUUUGGCUUCACACCGUAUUAAGUUUCUCUUCGGGACACACAGCAUGUAUGGGUUUCUGUUGAUGUAGCCAUCAAACAUGAAGUGGAAUUUGUUUAAGAAGAAAUCUGAGGCCAUGGUGGCCCCCAAGCCUACUGGUGCCAGUGUCCUGACGAUGGCCCCUGUUGAAUCUACACCGGCAGACAACUCCACUGAGAACCAGGGCCCAGUCAGCAAGAAUGAUGUCUUUGGUGACAUCAAGAACAAGUUCCUUAAUGAGAUGGACAAGCUACCACUGCCUCCCUGGGCAAUCAUUGCCAUCGCUAUCGUAGCUGUGGUCCUCAUCCUUACAUGCUGUUUCUGCAUCGUUAAAAAGACUUGUCUUAAGAAGAAGAAAGGCAAGAAGGGAAAGAAAGGGAAGGGAGACGUGGGAAUGAAGAACAUGAAGGGAGGAGAGAAACAGGAAGAGGAUGAUGAUGAAGAAGAUGUAGACAUUGGAAUAACUGAGGAGAAAGAGGAGGAACCCAAAGAGAAGGAGAAGCUCGGCAAACUACAGUUCUCCUUGGAUUACGACUUCUCUGACAACAAGCUGACAGUGGGCAUCUUGCAAGCUGCAGAUCUUCUAUCCAUGGACAGUGGUGGCACCUCUGACCCAUACGUCAAAGUUUUUAUUCUACCAGACAAGAAGAAGAAGUAUGACACCAAGGUGCACAAGAAAACCCUCAACCCUGUCUUCAAUGAGACUUUCCACUUCAAGAUUCCGUUCAACGAAAUGGGAGGGAAGUCACUGGUCAUGUCUGUGUACGACUUUGACCGUUUCUCAAAACAUGACGUGAUCGGUGAGGUGAAGAUUGCCAUGAACACCCUGGACCUGGCACAGCCCAUCUUGCAGUGGAGAGACCUGGACAGUGCAGAGAAAGAAGAGCCUGAAAAGCUUGGCGAUAUCUGCAUCUCCCUGCGCUACGUACCCACAGCUGGAAAACUCACCAUCUGUAUCCUGGAGGCUAAGAACCUGAAAAAGAUGGAUGUUGGAGGACUCUCAGAUCCCUAUGUGAAGAUUCAUCUUCUACAAAAUGGAAAGCGACUGAAAAAGAAGAAGACGACUGUGAAGAAGAACACACUGAACCCCUACUAUAAUGAAUCCUUCAGCUUUGAGAUUCCACAGGACCAGAUGCAGAAAAUUCAAGCUGUGGUCACAGUGCUGGAUUACGACAAGAUCGGCAAGAACGAUGCCAUUGGCAAGAUCUGGGUGGGCAGCAAAGCAGAGGGCACUGAGCUAAGGCACUGGUCCGAUAUGCUGGCAAACCCGCGGCGGCCCAUCGCUCAGUGGCAUCCACUCAAACCUGAGGAGGAGGUGGAUGCUUCACUAGCAGCCCUCAAUGCCAAGAAGUAAUCCUGCCACUUCCCUUCUACUUCCUCCCCUACUUCCCUACUUGUCCUCCUUCCUUUCUUUCUUUCACUUUUCAACAUGCACAACAUCUUCAACCAUCAAUCAGCACUGAAUUACAGCCAUAGGCCACCAGACUAGACACUAAAAGAAUCAAAAGAAGACGAUUGGGUCGCAUCAACAGCUACAACCCAACACAAAUGAGAUCGAGGUUGUGUUUGAUUUAAUGAGGAAGCUAAAGAAAGACUGUUUCGACUACUAUCAAUGUUCUUCAAGAACAGCUGAUCUCAUAGGUCAGUAUGUCCUCUAAGAAUGGUGUUCUUUGUGGCACAGCUUGGAGUUUGUACAUUUACACCCAAAAAUCCAAUAGAUCAACAGCAUUCCAAAGUUUUGCAUCGGGGACCAGGGAUAGAAACACACUGCCUCUUCCACUGCCUAAUUUUAACACAUUCCUGCUAGAUUCUCUGGUCAUCUAGAUCAAAUCAGUUACUAUGUUUGAGUCUGAAAGGACAAUGAAAAAUGGUUUAACAUUAUUGAAAAAAAAAAAAUUGUAAAUGGGAACGGAGAGAUGGAGGAAUGGAUGAAAUUUUCAGGUGUCAUUGAUUAUACUGCCUGCAGACAACCUCUUCUUCGAUUCUUCUUCCACUGCCCAAUGUCCUAACACACCCUGACAAAAAGGAGACAAGCCUUCAAACAUUCAAUUAUUCAAUAAAUAAGCAAUUCUUAGCUUCCAGGGACGUCUCCCUGUUAGCAUCCGUAUUUGUUUCUUCGCUUUAUUUUGUUGUAUUAAAUGUAUUCUGCCUGAGCACUUUAAAUGAAAGUGUGUUUUUGUUGUAGUCAAGCACUUUGUUUUUAUCAGUAUUUUACCUACAUUUGGGAGUUUGUUGUUUUGAUACAUGUUUUCGAUGUUCUGGGCCCACUGAUUAAGAAUUUACAACAGUAUUUGUUUUCAAGGUCGAUUCAUUUCGGUUUAAACCAGAAGUUCUUACAAGAAGUGAGAGUUUGACAGAGGGCACUGUUACAUGUGUACUUACACCACAUCUUACCAAACCGCUUAACUUAUUUGCACUACUGGAACUACAUUCUGUAUAUGUUACUCUGUCAAUUGGAAUCUGUACUUUAGUGAUGGUGCAUUCUUGUUGCGAGUGUCAGAAUUUGCAUUUGCUAAAAAAAGGGAACUUGUAUCAUUUGAAAGUUGCUUUGGGGCUUAGAGUGUUUGAGUCAGUUGUUGUGACAGUGUACAUCUCAGCAUAUAAUUAUAUUGAUGAACUAAGACUAAAUGAUAAAGACCAAAAAUUUGAUCCUUAUAUUGCCUGGAGAAACUCUUUUGGCAAUGAUAAUACCUUGUGACAUUUUUUUCAAUUAUCAACUAAUUGAGAAAUUUAGCAAAUUACAAGCCUGAAUCUGAUCAAAAUGUAUUUUUGGGGCAUCAUUUCUUGCGUAUAGACUUUUACAGCAAAUCAGACUAAAUGCUCCAUUGAAAGAGCCAAGAGUGAUUUUUGGGGAAAAUAGUUGUACUUACCAUGCAGUAACCCAGUUUAAAAGAAGCAGCUUUUCUGACAGGCCAUGUUCAGUUGCAAUAAGUCUGUUGUAGUUUGAUUGUGAAAUAGCAGGUUUUUCCACCCACAUUCGCAGUGCAGUUUGACAUUUUUAUGUCUCUUUGCAAGCCUAAUGAAUGUGUGAUUAUUUAUCAUUUAUUUAUCAUGUAUAAUUUAUUUAUAGUUUUCCUUUUUUAGUGAUGUCGAAACACUUCUUUUAAGGAUCAACGUUAUUUUUACUCUGUUAUUGUAGGUUAUUUUUUAGGUUAUUCUCUUACACAGAUGUGUCUCGUAUUACGAAAAGUGUACACAAAGAAAUCACAACUUACAUCUAAUGGCCCUUUUCCCCAAUCCAUGCUGUAGUUUUACCUAUAUAUGCAUAGUUCCAACUUUAUGAUAAUGCAUGUUACAAUAAAAAAAGAUGUGCAUGUUUCAGAUGUGAAGCAAAAAAUAUAUUGUGUACCUAAGUAGGUGUUCUUUGUCAUUUUAAUAACAAAAAGAAAGGGUAAGAUACUGUGUAUAUUUUCUAAUCAAAUCAAAUAUGUAUUUAUUUUCCAUGAGUGGGUACUGGAGAGAAUAUGAACUGUACUAGACAAAUCUUCAUUUUCAGAUUUAAUCCAUACCUGAACAUCAUGAGCAAAUAUGUUAAGUGCUUUGUGUGAACUAAUAUAGAAUGAAAACGUAGCCGCAUGCUUGCUGUCUACUAAUAUUGUGAAGGGAAAAAACGUUUGUUUUAAUUCAUUUACAUAUUUAUUUAUUUCAAAUGAUUAUCUUCAUUUUAUAAUAUUUGUACAGUAAGUCUCUUUGUCCAAAUAUGCUUCUGGAAAGUAAAUACUUCCAUAGGGGGCUCCAAGUCUGAGUAUUUCCCCAUCUUAUAGGACCAAUGAUGCAGUUUUGUAUCAUUCAAAUAUAUAUAUAUAUAUAUAUAUAUAUAUAUAUAUAUAUAUAUAUAUAUAUAUAUAGCUGAUCAAGUUUACUUUUAUCAUAUUACACUUUAUUAUAAUUUUUGUCUUUUUCACAAUCAGUGCCAAUAAGAGAAGUCACGUUUACUGCCAUUUGAUCUGACUUUUACGUCAUUCUUGCGUGAUUUUUUCGGACCAGCUGAUUCCCUUUGGCAACAAAGUUGCAUUAGCACAAUAGUAUCAAUCAUGUUCAAGAAAACUUGGAGUCCCCAUUGUUUUCUAAAAGCAUUUAUUUAUUAGAAUGUUACAUAAUAAGCGUUUAACUAGCCAAUAAGCAGUACGUUUGUGUGUGAGAGUGUGGAUAAGAUAAAGCCAUAAGACUUGAGCUGAUUCCUUGGAGCUCAGCUAAAUAGAUGUACUUAAUAUGAUUCUAAAAAUAUCUCCUUUCAAAGGCCUGUGUAUCUCCUCACAUUCCAUUUAGUCUGUCAAGCUAUGGGGCCACACUGUUUCCUAAAAAUGGGCUGAUUUUAACAUCGUUGGCAGUUUAACUUGCAAUAGUCAGUCUCUAAAAUUGUAUUUUAUUUAAUUUGUUUUAAUUCUGUAUUAUGUAUUUCUUUAUUGAGUUUUGUAAAUGCCUUGAUUUAUCAAAACGUGUGUCAGGGAAGUUUGCUUUUACAAACACUCAUGUGGUUGGUGUAGUUGUUUCCACUAUGUAUGUACACAUGCAUUUAUGUGCAAAGGGCAGUUUAAAAGGGUUGUGUAACCAUGGAAAUAUACUGUCAUUUAAAAUAUGAAGAACCAGUUGUUUUUAGCCUAUUAAUAUUUAUUUUAUUAAUAAUUUUCUGAUUUAACUUUAACAAACAAUUUAUCAAAUAAAUUAUGGCAUAAUAAAAAUAAAAUGUAAUACUUAAUGUAAUUAUUGUUACAGGAAAUUGCUACUUAUAAAAGUAGACCCUUUAAAGGAUUAUUUAUUUAUUUAUAUAUUUCAAAUUUUAGGAAAUGAAACUUCAAACAGCAUUACUAGAAUAAGCAUUUGAGUGUGUGUGACUGCGUUCAACAAUAAUGCAUAGGCCCUUUAAUAAAUAAUCAUUUGUUGUUAUUUAAUCAAUCACUGCCAUUCUGCCUAUAUGGCAGCAUGCACAAUGAACAUUUAUUUGAAACAUUCCUAAUUGUCAAACACAGAGUUGUUACUUGCAAGCAAUGAUAUUCAGAGCAACGCUAAAAAGGGUAAAUGAGUUGCAUCAGCUUACAAAAGCAACUCAAGUUAUUGUUGUAGUUCUCAGCAAGUAUUUUACGGUGUACAAAUGAACGAAAGACUGU